CCCUGCCCAGGAAACUACAAUUCACAGCGUCCGCCGGGCGGCGGCGCUGACAACCCCGGGCCCCGCCCCUCGGCUUGGCCCCGCCCCCGGCUGCCGACGUCUGCGCGCGAAUUCCGUGGCGCGAACUUAAGAGCGCAGUCGAGUGCCCCGGAGUUCCUGGUGGGACGCCCAGGACAGUGGCGUGCGGGCCAGACGCGAGAGCAGCUGAAGUGACAAGAGGACGAGGAGCAGAAAGGGGCAAUCCUGCCUCUGACAUGCAGCGAACUAUCAUGUCAUUUUUUCAACCCAAGAAAGAGGGCAAAGCAAAGAAGCCAGAGGAGGCAUCCGACAGCAUCCGAGAGAUGGACCCCCCUCCAAAGGUGGCGCUGAAGGAGCGGAACAGAGCGGUGCCGGAGAGCGAGUCUCCAGUGAAGAGGCCGGGGCGGAGGGCAGCCCGGGUCCUGUGCAGCGAAGGGGAGGAGGAGGACGAAGCCGUCACGAACCCCAAAGGCCAGAAGCCUGCUACCGAUUCCCCACCAGCCUCCUCCCCCAGUCCCGUCACGGUUCCUGAGAGCAGCCCUUCCCUCUCCAGCACGUCUGGACCGCUCAUGUCCCUGUCGGGCAUCCCGAAGCGUAUCACAGCUCGGAAGCAGCUUUCUACACGGACGAUUCAGGAGAUCGUAGACGACCACAACAGGAGGAUGGAACUCGAGAGAAAGAGGAAGAGGGAGGAAGAAGAAGCAGAGAGCCUGGGAGAACAUCUCUCAGAGCCAGAAGGGGCCAAAGAGAAGGAAGCAGAUGAGGAGGGCCCGCUGAUGACUUCCUCUGAGCCCCAGGACACCUGCACAGAGGCCCCGCCAGAGAGCAGUUCGGACCCCGAGGCCCAGGACGAGGACCCGGCAAAGCCGCCCCCCAGAGCUCCCAAGACGCUCAGCAGUUUCUUCACCCCCCGGAAGCCUGCAGGCAAAAAGGAAGUGAAGGAAGCCAAGCCUGGCACCCCAAGAAAGGAGGAGCCCCAGGGACUUGCCCACUCGGAUGUGAGCUCCAGCCCGCUGGACCCAGGCAGCUACAACCCUGCCAAGAACAGCUACCACCCUGUGCACGACGCCUGCUGGAAGCAGGGCCAGAAGGUCCCUUAUCUGGCUGUGGCCCGGACAUUCGAGAAGAUCGAGGAGGUUUCUGCUCGGCUCCGGAUGGUGGAGACGCUGAGCAACUUGCUUCGCUCCGUGGUGGCCCUGUCCCCUCCAGACCUCCUCCCCAUCCUCUACCUCAGUCUCAACUGCCUCGGGCCACCCCAGCAGGGCCUGGAGCUUGGCGUUGGGGACGGUGUCCUUCUCAAGGCAGUGGCCCAGGCCACAGGGCGGCAGCUUGAGUCUGUCCGGGCUGAGGCAGCGGAGAAGGGCGACGUGGGGCUGGUGGCCGAGAACAGCCGCAGCACCCAGAGGCUCAUGCUGCCCCCGCCCGCCCUCACCGCCUCCGGGGUCUUCGCCAGGUUCCGAGACAUCGCCCGGCUCACUGGCAGCGCUUCCACAGCCAAGAAGAUAGACAUCAUCAAAGGCCUCUUUGUGGCCUGCCGCCACUCAGAAGCCCGGUACAUCGCCAGAGCCCUGAGUGGACAGCUGCGCCUCGGGCUGGCGGAGCAGUCGGUGCUGGCCGCCCUCGCCCAGGCCGUGAGCCUCACGCCCCCAGGCCAAGAAUUCCCCCCGGCCGUGGUGGACGCUGGGAAGGGCAAGACAGCCGAGGCCAGAAAGACCUGGCUGGAAGAGCAGGGCAUGAUUCUGAAGCAGACGUUCUGUGAGGUGCCCGACCUGGACCGGAUCGUCCCGGUGCUGCUGGAGCAGGGCCUGGAGCGGCUGCCGGAGCACUGCCGGCUGAGUCCAGGGGUCCCCCUGAAACCGAUGUUGGCCCACCCCACCCGGGGCGUCAGCGAGGUCCUGAAACGCUUCGAGGAGGCCGCCUUCACCUGCGAGUACAAAUACGACGGGCAGAGGGCCCAGAUCCAUUUCUUGGAGGGCGGGGAGGUGAAGAUCUUCAGCAGGAACCAGGAAGACAACACUGGAAAGUACCCCGACAUCAUCAGCCGCAUCCCCAAGAUAAAACUCCCAUCAGUCACGUCUUUCAUUCUGGAUGCAGAGGCGGUGGCUUGGGACCGGGAAAAGAAACAGAUCCAGCCAUUCCAAGUGCUCACCACCCGCAAACGCAAGGAGGUGGAUGCUGCGGAGAUCCAGGUGCAGGUGUGUCUGUACGCCUUCGAUCUCAUCUACCUCAAUGGAGAGUCCCUGGUACGGGAGCCCCUCUCCCGACGCCGGCAGCUGCUCCGGGAAAACUUCGUGGAGACAGAGGGCGAGUUCGUCUUUGCCACGUCCCUGGACACCAAGGACAUGGACCAGAUCGCCGAGUUCUUGGAGCAGUCGGUGAAGGACUCCUGCGAGGGGCUGAUGGUGAAGACCCUGGAUGUCCACGCCACCUACGAGAUCGCCAAGAGGUCGCACAACUGGCUCAAGCUGAAGAAGGACUACCUGGACGGCGUGGGUGACACCCUGGAUCUCGUGGUGAUCGGCGCCUACCUGGGCCGGGGGAAGCGGGCCGGCCGCUACGGGGGCUUCCUGCUGGCCUGCUAUGACGCGGAGAGCGAGGAGCUGCACGCCAUAUGCAAGCUGGGCACCGGCUUCAGUGACGAGGAGCUGGAGAUACACCACCGGGCCCUCCAGGUCCUGGUGCUGCCCACCCCACGCUCCUACGUCCGGGCAGACGGUGCUGUGGCCCCCGACUACUGGCUGGAGCCCCGAGUCGUGUGGGAGGUCAAGUGCGCCGAUCUCUCCCUCUCCCCCAUCUACCCUGCAGCCCGGGGGCUGGUGGACAGCGAGAAGGGCAUCUCCCUUCGCUUCCCUCGGUUUCUUCGCGUCCGUGUAGACAAGAAGCCGGAGACGGCCACCACCAGUGCCCAGGUGGCCUGUCUGUACAGGAAGCAGAGUCAGAUCCAGAACCAGCAGGGUGGGGACGCAGACUCCGACCUGGAGGACUUCUACUAGACCCUGUCCCCCCGGCAGGACAGGGUCCCGGGACGUGGCUUCAGUGACACAAACCCGAUGUGCAGUCACAGCGUGUGUGUGUGUGUGUGUGUGUGUGUGUGUGCGCGCGCCCGUGUGUGUGUGUGUGAGGGGGUGGUUAAGCGGGGUUUUAGUGGGUCAUUUUUCUGUCAAUAAAUAAUUUUUAAACA